AUGGGUACAGACAAAGACACCAAUGUUGGCACUGCCAGUCCAGUCUCGGAGGAGGCACCCGAAGUGGGCUCCAUUCGAGAGCUCAAGUCACUGCAUGUGGACGGUCUCGACCCAGUCUUUGAGCACCAAGCUCGGCUCGUGAACCAUGCCGUUCAGUGCAUUGGCAUGGGAAAGUACCAAUGGGCACUGUUCUUCCUCUGCGGGUACGGUUGGCUGUGUGAUCAACUCUGGCAAACGACCGUCUCGGACGCCCUUGCCCAAGUGGCUGUUGAGUUCACGCCAAAGCAUUCGGCAUUUUUGUCCCUUGCUUUGAUCGCUGGAUUGGUUGUUGGUGCAACUUUCUGGGGACUUGGAAGUGAUUUGAUCGGUAGAACACUGGCAUUCAAUCUGACUCUGCUCAUUGCUGGGGUCUUUGGCACCGCUGCAGGAGCUGCCAACAGCUUUGUGUCCUGUGCUGUUCUCGUCGCCCUGUGCGGGUUUGGUGUUGGAGGAAACUUACCUGUCGAUUCUGCCGUCUUCCUUGAAUUCCUUCCAGGGACUCACCAGUAUCUGCUCGAGAUUUUGGCCGUUUGGUGGUCAAUCGGUCAAGCCAUCCCAGCAGGUGCAGCCUGGGGCUUUCUUCCCAACUUCUCUUGCAGCGCCGACACACCUGUUGGUCAAUGCCAUAAGAAGGACAACAUGGGCUGGAGGUAUCUGAUGUACACCAUGGGUGGCAUCACUUUGGCCGCUUUCUUUGCUCGCUUCGUCUUCUUCCGACUCCGUGAAAGUCCACGCUAUCUGAUCGGUCAAGGACGGUACCAGGAAGCCAUUGAUGUGCUCAACGAUGUCGCAAAGUACAAUGGCACCACACAGCCCCUGACUGUCGAGGAUCUGUUGCAAGUCGAGAGAGACUAUGCGACCGUCGGCCAUCCUGCAGCUGUAAAGAGGCCCAACACCUGGAAACGCACUUUUGCACAAUUCCGACCCGGUGGUCUCAAGCACAUUCGAGCUCUCUUCUCCACCAAGAAGGUUGCCUAUAGCACCAGCCUCAUCAUCCUCGUAUGGGGCAUGAUUGGUCUUGCAUCACCACUGUAUGCAAACUUCCUGCCAGAAUAUCUGGCGUUGCAUGGUGCGCAGAGCGGCUCGAAUAGCAUCGGCAUCACGUAUCGCAACAACUUCAUCAUCAUCGCAUGCUCCAUUCCGGGUACUUUGAUGGCGGGAUGGUUUAUCGGAUUGCCAUAUAUUGGCCGAAGAGGCACGCUUGGUAUUUCCCUGAUCUUGACCUCCGUCUUCCAGUUUGCCUUUACGGCAGCACGGACACAGGCACAAAUCCUCGCCUUCAACUGCAUCACCAGCUUUGUUUCGUAUAUCAUGUGGGGAGCUUUGUACUGCUAUACGCCCGAGGUCAUCCCCAGCGUGCACCGAGGCACGGGUUGCGGGUUGGCGGCAGCAUUCAAUCGUAUCUGUGGUCUGAUGGCGCCCAUCAUCGCAACUUAUGUCGGCUACACGAACACGCCCAUUUUCGUCUCGGCGAGUUUGUAUAUCGCCGCGGGAUUGAUCAGCUUUAUCUUUCCGUACGAGACAAGCGGGAAGGCAAGUCUGUAA